AAGAAGAAGAAUUUCCGUCGCAGUUUGAUGACGCGCCAUUGCUGUGUGACCUAGCUGUGGGAGGCUGAGAAGUGUUUGGCAUGGUAGAAGGAAAAGAAACGUGCUGACAACAAUCAUGAUGAAUUUAGCCGCUUUAGUACAGAACCUCAGAGUGUCUUUGCUACAUAUUGAAAGCAGACUGCUGCAGGCGGCGGGAUUAGAGAGACAGCUGGCCCCAGCGUUAGCAGUGAAUGGCUCCAGCCUCCUUCCUCAGCCAGAAAGGGAAGAUGAGCUGGAGGAACGGCAGAGCCCAGAGCAGCCUCCUGGUCUCUUUGACGGCAUCCUGUGGAUGGCAGCACCCAAGAAGAGACGCACGAUAGAGAUCAACCGCACCAGAAGGAGAGAUGAGAGAAAACUCAUACAGGUCAAGAACAACAUUGAGCCGUGUCCAGAGUGUGGCCACCUGAAGCAGAAACAUAUCAUGUGCGGCUUCUGCUACGCUAAGGUGUGCAGGGAGACCGCUGUGAUUCGCCAGCAGAUAAAUGCGAUGGAAGGCGGCCCGCUGAGAGCCCCGACUGUGGAGACCGUUGUCCUGUAUGAGGGUGAGAUGCCGGGCCAGCCGGACAAAGACAAAAGGAUCGUGGAGAGGGCCAGGAAGAGACCUGCAUGGUUCAGCAACUGAUGCUGACACGUCGGGGCUGCGUGUGGAACUUCAUUUUGUCACCUUUCUUUGUGAAUAUAGUUUUCUAUAUCAUCAUUAAGAUAUGUAGUUCAUACAACCAAAAGUCAUUGAAGUUGUAGAAAUCAGACCUUUUUUUGCCCUUUUUUUUAACUGUUUGUCAGUGAAGAAGUUAAGUCUGUCACAUUAAUGACUGAGAGAAAUGUACCUUGUAUUUAAAUGUGAAAUAAAAUCCUUAAUUGACAUAAAA